CAGGAGCCCCGUGUCACUGCCCUCCACCCCCUGUUUGGCCCCCGUGGGGGUGGCACCCACGUCUCACUCCACGGCACCCACCUUUUGUCGGGGAGCAGCUGGCAGGUGAUGGUCAACGGCUCCGAGUGCCCCCUGUCCGGGCAGCCUAGGCAAGGUGAUGGGACCAUUUGGUGCACUGCACCCACCGCCGGUGGCCUGGGCACAGCCAGGGUGGCCCUGUGGAUCGAUGGGGAGGAGUUCCCCGCCCCCCUGCCCUUCCAGUACCGCCCUGACCCCUUCGUUUCGGCUGUCGUCCCCAGCUGCAGCUAUGAGGGCUCGAUGCUCACCAUCACCGGCACCAACCUGGACUCAGUGUAUCGUGCCAAGAUCCGCUUUGAGUCCAGCGGUGUGAGGACCGAAGCCACCGAGUGCGAGGGCCCACAGGCACCAGGGCGGCUGCUGUGCCGCAGCCCAGCCUUCCCCUUCGAGAGCAAGGUGGAGACGGUGCAGGGGAACCUGAGCGUGCUGCUGGACGGUGCUGCCGGCCGCUGGCUCCUCCACCUCCGCUACUACCCCCAGCCCCAGGUCUUCCCCUUGGAGCACGAGGGCAGGCGCCUCCGCCUCAAGCCCGACAACGAUGAGAUCGAGGUGCACCAACUGGGGCUGGACGCCGUGGCCACUUGCAUGAACAUCACCAUGACUGUCGGGGGGCGUGACUGCCACCCCAACGUGCUGAAGAACGAGGUGACGUGCCGCCUGCCCCGUAACAUGCACUUGCCCCCGGCCGGGGCCCCCCUGGAGAUCUGCGUGAACGGCGCCUGUGAGGCGCUGGGCUGGGUGCUGCCUGCUGCCACCUCGCUGGACCUGGCCACCAGCCUGGCCUUGGGCAUCGGUGCCACCUUCCUGGUCUGCUGCGUCCUGGCUGCUGUGCUGCUCCGCUGGUGCUGGAGGAAGAGGAGGGGGAUGGAGAACCUGGAGCUGCUGGUGCAUCCCAGCCGCAGCAACCCCCCUGCCACCACCCAGCACCCUGGUGUUGACUACAGGGAGGUGGUGGUGCUGCCUAUGACGGGCAGUCCCAGCCCAGUGGGGCUCCGGGGACGAUUCACCAGUGCCAGUGCCAGUGCCAGUGUUGGUGCAGCAGGUGGUGGCUCCCCCAUGCCACUGCUCAGGGCCACAUCCUGCUGCCUGGAGGACCUGAGUCCAGAGCUGCUGGAGGAGGUGAAGGACAUCCUCAUCCCCGAGGAGCGGCUCAUCACCCACCGCCACCGGGUCAUUGGCAAAGGGCACUUUGGCAGCGUUUACCAUGGCACUUACACAGACCCUCUACUGGGGGACCUCCACUGUGCCGUCAAGUCCCUGCACCGCAUCACGGACGUGGAGGAGGUGGAGGAGUUCCUGCGUGAGGGCAUCCUCAUGAAAAGCUUCCACCACCCCCAGGUGCUCUCACUGCUGGGGGUGUGCCUGCCCCACCAUGGGCUGCCCCUCGUCGUUCUGCCCUACAUGCGCCACGGGGAUCUGCGCCACUUCAUCCGUGCCCAGGAGCGGAGUCCCACAGUGAAGGACCUCAUCGGCUUUGGGCUGCAGGUGGCCCUCGGCAUGGAGUACCUGGCCCAGAAGAAGUUUGUGCACCGGGAUCUGGCGGCCAGGAACUGCAUGCUGGACGAGACGCUGACGGUGAAGGUGGCUGACUUUGGGCUGGCACGGGAUGUGUUUGGCAAGGAGUACUACA